GGCCUAGUCUGGACGGAGGGGUCACACUAUGUCCCAUAGGCCCGGGGCGGCGCGCGCGGAGGGGCCUCUCCCGCGCCUGGCGCACAUACGCCCCGCCGGGAACCGCAGUCCGGGUGAAGCGAAUACACGUCACCACCGGAAGUAGUGUCAGAGUCUCCGCGAAGCCGCCGGUGCCCCUCCCUGCCCAUGUGGGCCCCUGCGGGCUGCCCACGCCGGCCCCCCAGCUCCUGGUUUCGCUGGGCUUUGCCCUCGCCGGGGGUGGCCUUCUGAGCCGCCCGCCCCGUGCCCCUCUCUGCAGCCUCUCCUGCCAUUCGGGGCCCCCGUUUCCCCUCCCGGCGGCGGGGGGCUGCCCCCGGGGGGCUGGCGGAGCUGGGCCGCGGGGGCCCCGGGGCCGGCGGUGCCGGGGUCAUCGGGAUGAUGCGGACGCAGUGUCUGCUGGGGCUGCGCACGUUCGUGGCCUUCGCCGCCAAGCUGUGGAGCUUCUUCAUUUACCUUUUGCGGAGGCAGAUCCGCACGGUAAUUCAGUACCAAACUGUUCGAUAUGAUAUCCUUCCCUUAUCUCCUGUGUCUCGGAAUCGGCUAGGCCAGGUGAAGAGGAAGAUUCUGGUGCUGGAUCUGGAUGAGACACUUAUUCACUCCCAUCAUGAUGGGGUUCUGAGGCCCACGGUCCGACCUGGAACACCUCCUGACUUCAUCCUCAAGUCCUUCCCUGUUCCUCUACAGGUGGUAAUAGACAAACAUCCUGUCCGGUUUUUUGUACAUAAGAGGCCCCAUGUGGAUUUCUUCUUAGAAGUGGUGAGCCAGUGGUACGAGCUGGUCGUAUUCACAGCAAGCAUGGAGAUUUAUGGCUCUGCUGUGGCAGAUAAACUAGACAAUAGCAGAAGCAUUCUCAAGAGAAGAUAUUACAGACAGCACUGCACUUUGGAAUUGGGCAGCUACAUCAAGGACCUCUCUGUGGUCCACAGUGACCUCUCCAGCAUUGUGAUCUUGGAUAACUCCCCAGGGGCUUACAGGAGCCAUCCAGGUACGGGGAAAUGUGACAAUGCCAUCCCCAUCAAGUCCUGGUUCAGCGACCCCAGCGACACGGCCCUUCUGAAUCUGCUCCCCAUGCUGGAUGCCCUCAGGUUCACCGCUGAUGUUCGCUCUGUGCUAAGCCGAAACCUUCACCAACACCGGCUCUGGUGACAGCUGCUCCCCCUCCACCUGAGUUGGGGUGGGGGGGAGAGGGAGGGUGAGCCCUCGAGAUGCUGUCUGAUGCCCUGUCCAAUGGUGAGGACUGCCUGGGCAGGGUCUGCCCCUCCCUCCCCUCUCUGCCCUGGGAGCCCUGCACUCCAUAUGGAACCUGGAUGGACACAUGGGCCAGACUCUGAAGCAGCCUCUCUCUAACUUCCUGUUCGCACUCCCUGGAAACCCCAGACUGGGACAUAAGCAGAGGUCUAGGAGAGCGGAAACAGUGUCUGUGAUGGAGAGAGGACUGGCCAGAGUGAGACAGACAUUCAAUAAUCCGGGAGGCUCAGAGAGAAGCCAAGCCAGCUUUGUUGUGAUUUAAUUUUUUAAAAAACUCUUGUACAAAACUGAUCUAAUUCUUCACUCCAAGGGCUGGGUUGUGGGUGGGAAACGGAUUUGGGCCACUGGAUUUCCCCCAGACUUGUCCCCUCCCCUCCUUUUCUCUACAUUUUCCUUUCUUAGAUUUCCUCAGACCUGUAACCAGCUUUCUCUCUCUGUUCCCCCCUCUUUUAAACCAUGCAUUAUAACUUUGAAACCAAA